AGACAUAUGUCCGCCUUUGACUAAACGAUAAAUAGAAUUUGCUGACAAGGUCACAUUGUGACAUUGAUCAGUUCUGUUUUAGAUUCUACGUCUCUUUUACUCCACACCACUUAACACUUUUCUAUUUUUAUGAAAUUGGAAAACGGAAUUUUCCUCGUUCCGUUUUGAGCCUGCUGCCAUGUUGAUCAAACUUCUACAGAUCGAUUGGCCUGAUAUAUCAUUGUAUAUCUACUGAAGAAAUACAACAAGACAUGACCUCAGAAAAUUCUUAGAGAUCUGUAUCUUCCUAAAGAGAACACACUAUUUCUAUUAACACCUGAUGUCUCCAAUCCCACAAUUGACAAACCAGCAGUUGAAGUGGAGAUGGAAAAUUUAACAGAAGCCCUAGAUAGAAAAUAUGCUUUGCAUAUAAAUUUCACAGUAAAUGGAGAAGUGCAGCACUAUAAGUUGAAUAAAUUUGGAAGUGAAACUAUUGGAGAGGUAAAAAAUCAUAUGUACGCCAUCACCAAUGUGCCCCAGAGACAACAGAUAUGGGCAGGGUGGCCUGAUUCUGCCAAAAAUGAGGACUCAAUGCUGAUUGGCUGUUGUGGUUUAAAUUAUCCCAUUCAUUAUUUAGAGCUUACGGUAGCAAACAUUACAAGAUCCAAGAAGGUGCCAUCUCAUAGAGCAGUCGACAGUGUACUUUUGGAAUCUGAUGGAGGAUUAUCUCCAACUGGCGAAGAGUCACUUCCUUCAGAUUUUGAGGACAUUAUCCCCCUUCCUAACUCUGCAUUUUCAUCAGACGAUGAUAGCAACAUUACAGACUCCAGGGCAUUUUUUGAUCCCAGUUCUGCAUCAGGAUGUGAUGAAGUCAUCCGCUACACAAGUAGUUUAUCCCUAGGGCGAAGACAUCCAGGAGGUGGCCAAAGACCCCGGAUGUUAAAUUUUAAAGUGGAGUACAGAGAUCGAAAUUAUUACUUCAGUGUAGGGGACAAUGAAAAAAUUGGGACAAUAAAAGAUCUUUUGUCUCAGAAAACUGGAGUAUCUCCAGAAAAACAGAUCUUAAGAGGUUGGAAUACUCAGAAGAUAAGAGUGGGGGAUGAUAAAAUUCUUAGAGAUCUUUAUCUUCCGAAAGAGAACACAUUAUUUCUAUCAACUUCCGAUUCCUCCAAUCCCAUAUUUGACAAACCAGCAGUUCAAAUAGGGAUUGAAAAUUUAACUGAAGCCCUAAAUAGAAAAUAUGCUUUGCAUAUAAAUUUCACAGAAAAUGGAGAAGUGCAGCGUUAUAAGUUAAAUAAAUUUGGAAGUGAAACUAUUGGAGAGGUAAAAAGUCAUAUGUACGCCAUCACUAGUGUGCCCGAGAGACAACAGAUAUGGACAGGGUGGCCUGAUUCUGCCAAAAAUGAGGACUCAUACCGACUUGACUAA